AUGCAUACGUAUAAGGCACAAGCUGCCGGAGUACUUGGAAACAUUCGCCUGGGCGAUUUCACAAUACUGCAACCGACCAACGACUUGGCGCUACAAUCCGUCGUCGACUUCACUGGCGCUGUGCAUGCAUCCCAAGACGAACCUGUUGUGCUUGAGUCACUAAGACCCACCUCCGGUGGCCUGCGCAUCUUGGCAGUGCCGUCGUUGUCGUGUCAGUCCCAAGGGGCGGACUACGCCAACGUUCUGGACGCUCUGCACGCCAACUUCUUCGCCACAUGUCGGCCGCCGGAAGACCCUCAUUGGUCCAUAAUCAUGGACCACGAUCGUGGGUCGAUGGCGUUUAUCACGUGGGAAACCACCAGUCCGUUGAACUCCAGCGUUGGCCCCACUGCUUUCCAUCUUGUCGUGGACGUGCAGCCUUCUCGUGGGUGGUCUCAGCGACGCCUGUCAUCGCCGCCGCCUUGCUUUGUGGUACAUAGCAGCGUGACGUUUUCGCUGAUCGAAAAAUUCCAAGCCCAGUAA